UGUAACGAAGUUGAAAAGAUAAGAUGAUAUAAUUCAUCAGAGUGAAUGACAUGAAAUUAGGCAUUAUACAUAAGAUGGUGUUUGAGUGCCCCCUUGUGGUAAAUAAAUUGCAGGAGAAUAUUGUCCCUUUGUGCUUACCGUAGGUUCACAGAGAUCGGUGUGACUGUGAAAGAGAGAGAGCUGAAUGUUAAUGCUGCACUUUCCUGCAUUACAUGUCUUUGUUUUAUCUCAGGUAUGUUGUUUAUAAAUUUUUAUAUGUUAUGUUUUUGAGUUUAAGAAAAUGUACAUUCACAGAGAUCGGUGUGACUGUGAAAGAGAGAGAGCUGAAUGUUAAUGCUGCACUUUCCUGCAUUACAUGUCUUUGUUUUAUCUCAGUUUUAUCUCAGACGGAGUGAAUAAAUCUGAUUGAGUGCAAUGGUGGAUGGCUUCCUUUAUUGUGUCCAAGACCUGAGUUAUUAUGGACGGGUGUGUUGCUGAUGGGACACCCGUUACACUGGUGCCGUGACUCUUUUGGAUUCCCCGAUCAGUUCAAAACAGAUCGACCGUGAUUGCUGCGUGUGUCAAGUUCAUCAGCGGAUCAAGCCUUCGUUUCUUCAGACGUGAACAGUAUUUACACAUGCACACACUGUGAUUGGGACAAUACACUAUUUUUCACAACACAUUUUAUUUUUCACACGUUUUUUUUUUUUGAAAACACAACGCAUGGACAUAUGAAAAAUUUGUUUUUUUUACUUUUAGACAAUAUUUGACUACAGUUAUAUUCAAAUAUAUUUGCAAGUAGUGCCAUAUUUAAUGCUGUUGCUAUAAUUGUUUAUUUGUGGUCAGUUUUUUCUGUCUAACUGCAAUUUUGACGACGAGAUGGCUGAAAAACACAACUAUUAUAACGAUUUAGACUUAACAUAUAACAUGGGUACUCCUCGGGGUAGAGGUGCAUGGUUAAUUGACAGUUCAGAGGGUGGUGUUUUUAGUGAUGGUAUCAGCCAGAGGGUUGGACAGUCACAGUUCCAAGCUGCCCAUGGCAGGGGUUUAAAUCGAACUGUGAAUAGUACGCCAGUUGGGAGGGUUGCUUGUGAGGGUCCCUACACUUCAACACCUGGAGUGGAUGGAGUAGCCAUUGACCAUCUUACAGACAUGAUAGGCCAAUUGGGUUCACAAAUUGGUGAGUCAAUAGUAGCAAAACUGAUGUCUGCAGGUUUGGGUAAUGUAAAUGCUGAGGGUCAGACCAGCUCAUCCAGCUAUACUCAGACACCAACACACACAGAACAGAGUACACAUACAUUGAUGACACCACAAUUAACAGUACACAUGAAGUCAGAGCACGACACAUUUAGGGGUGAUGGCUCUGAUAAGUAUGGCAUUGAGGAGUGGGUAGACCGGACAAAGUCUUUCCUGAGAAGACAAAUGUGCCCGAUUCAAGAUCAAGCGGAGGAGAUAAUGUGUAGGCUGGCUGGAAAGGCAAAGGACAUUGUUAAAAUCAGUAUACGCAGUGAUGCUACACUUAAUGUCACAGCAAAGCCUGAGCUGAUUUAUAGUAUCCUCAUGAAGUAUUUUAGUGAAGCCCCCUCCUGCCUGCCACUUGCUGAUUUUUAUGCCACCCUCCCAGGACCUAAAGAGAAUCCUGUAGAUUACUGGAUCCGGCUGAACAAAGCAGCUGACCUGGCAAAUGAGGGGCUGUUAAGGCAAGGAAAGCAUUUGGACAACAUCGAAGAGGAGGUAACAAGGAUGUUCAUUAAAUUCUGCCCUGACCCCUGUUUAUCAAACAUGUUUAGAUGCAAGCCCAUUCAAGAAUGGAAUGCAAAAGAAAUACAAUGCAGAAUUGAUGAUUACCAAAGAGAAUUCAGGAGCAGAGGAAAUACUAGUAUAAAUUUACGAAGCCACACGACUACAAUGUUUAGCAGUGGACAUGAUAUGUAUGAUCACUCCAAGACGGAGUCACCUGUUGUUCCAAAGCAAACAUUCUGCUUGUCUACAGAUACUCAAGUUUGCCACCAGCCAGGACCUACACAAAUUUCCUGCCAGUCACAGCAUCAAACCUCUUCCUGCUCGCCUCCUGCUCCAAUGAUGGCUCAAUCCACCCAACCAGUGAAAAUCAGUUGUUGA